AUGGCCUCUCUCCGCCAACGACAGACUGCCGACAAGGCCACGACGCAUACACCCGUAGACUCGAAUAUCCCAGACAAUUAUGUUCAGCACACCCUCAAGACGACAAAACCCCUCCCGCCCGUGACUUGGAGGAAUGCGCUCCAGGAAAUAAACUGGAUCAGCACGACUGCACUCACCGUCCCUCCCAUCCUCGCCAUCUAUGGCAUGUGCACUACUCCACUCCAAGCAAAGACUUUUGCCUUUGCCGUCUUUUGGUAUUUUGUCACUGGCCUCGGCAUCACCGCUGGCUACCAUCGUCUGUGGGCCCACCGUGCCUACAAUGCCUCACUCCCACUCCAGUAUGUCCUCGCUCUCGCUGGGGCUGGUGCCGUCCAGGGUUCUAUCAAGUGGUGGUCUCGCGGCCAUCGUGCCCAUCACCGAUAUACUGACACGGACCUCGACCCUUAUAAUGCCCACCACGGUCUUUUCUGGUCUCACAUUGGCUGGAUGAUCUUCAAGCCACGCAGAAAGCCAGGUGUCGCCGACGUCUCCGAUUUGCUCAACAACCCUCUUGUUCAAUGGCAGCACAAGUACUACGUCUGGCUCCUCCUUCUCGUCGCCGUCGUCACUCCUACCGUCAUCCCCGGUCUCUGCUGGGGCGAUUGGAAAGGUGGCUACUUUUACGCUGCCAUGGCCCGUCUCGUCUUUGUCCACCAUUCCACUUUUUGCGUAAACUCGCUCGCCCACUGGCUUGGUGAGACGCCCUUUGAUGACAAGCACACCCCUCGCGACCAUAUGAUCACCGCAUUUGUCACCAUUGGAGAAGGUUACCACAAUUUCCAUCACCAGUUCCCCAUGGACUAUCGAAAUGCCAUCAAGUGGUACCAGUACGACCCGACCAAGUGGUUCAUCACCGUCAUGUCCUGGAUCGGUCUCGCUUCUCAGCUCAAGGCAUUCCCCGACAAUGAAGUCCGCAAGGGUCAACUCACCAUGGAGCUCAAGAAGCUCAAGCUAAAGGCCGACGACAUGAAGUGGCCCACUUCGUCCAAUGACCUUCCGAUCAUCACGUGGGAUAGCUUCCAGGAGCAGGCCAAGACACGACCACUUGUUCUCAUUGCCGGCUUUAUCCACGACGUCUCUUCCUUUAUGGACGAACAUCCUGGAGGUCGCCAUCUCAUUCGCAAAAACAUUGGCAAGGAUGCGACAACGGCCUUUUUCGGUGGUGUCUAUGACCAUUCAAACGCCGCUCACAACUUGCUCGCAAUGAUGCGCGUCGGUGUCCUCCGUGGUGGACUCGAACUCGAAUCAGAAAAAGCCAUCCCACCUUCUCAACGCCUCGAGAUUAUCCGCGGACAGGCUCUUGCUCGUCUACGUGCCGAUGCUGCUUCCAAGGAGCAUCAUGGUAUCUAUGACGGUGAACGACGUGGAGAAGCCGUCGGUCAAUGGGACGAGAUUCAGGGUUUGCCCUCUCCGCCCCUCUCGACGGGUGCACUCGACUCGGGCGAUGAGGCCGGUUCUCAGCCAGAGGAGAUGGACAGUCUCCGGUUGUCGCACAACUAG